AUGUGGCAAGAAGCCACCGUGAAUCCGCGAUGCUGCAUAAAGGUUCGCACCAGCGCUUUAAGCGCUUGCCGCAAAGAUGCAUCAUGGGAUCACGCCUUCCACCUGCUUCGGGCCAUCUCUUCAGAUGGCUUGCAAUUGAAUCUUAUCCCCAUCAAUGUGGUCAUCAGCGUUUGCGAGAAGAGCGGUCGCUGGUGUCUGGGUGCUUUGCUCCAUCGCGGCCUACGGGACCAGCUACUAAAGCCAGAUGUCAUCACUAUCAAUUCGGCAGUCAGUGCUUGCGAAAAAGCGAAUGUGUGGCAACCAGCGCUGAGAUGCCUAGCAUCCGCACAGCAGUGCUCCAUCAAGACGGACUCGAUCACCUUCAAUGCAGCCAUGGCUGCUUGCGAGAAGGGAGACCGCUGGCAAGACGCGGUCAAAGUCUUGGAGGACAUGCGCCGCGCCCGAAGAGCGCCAAGUGCAAUCUCCUAUGGAACAGCAGUAAGUGCCUGCGGCAGAGGUCAAGAAUGGCGAUGGAGCUCUGAGCUGGUCUCAGAGCUUCGGAGCAGAGGUUUGCAGGCUACGGUUGUAGUUUUCGGCGCAGCGAUCGCUGCCCUUGAGAACGACGUACAGUGGUCUCGAUCGCUCGCUUUCCUGGCAGAAGUGCAAAACGUUCGCCUGCAGGCGAACGUCGUCAUCUACAGUGCUACAAUCAGCGUCAUGGAGAGAAGCCGGAUGUGGCAAUAUGCAGUUGCGUUGCUGAAGGACAUGGAGCUCUCAGAUGUGCAGGCAAACGUGAUCCCAUACAACUCCGCGAUCAGUGCCUUGGGUCACGCGAGUCGCUGGCAGCUGGCAUUAGACUAUUUGGCGUGGGUCAACGACAGCAGCAUUGAGAGCAAUGUAGUAACUCUGGCCGCUGUGACGACAGCAUGUGACAGAGCAGGCAACUGGCAGCAGGCCUUGCAUUUGUUGGUUCGAGCUGUAAGUCAGAACUUGUCCAAUGUUGUUUCCUAUGGAGCCGCGAUCAGCGCCUGUGAAAAGAACGAAGAGUGGAAAUGGGCCCUGGAUCUUCUUUCAUCACUUCUGGCUCAGAGUUUGGAAGUGAAUGGCGUGGUCUUCAGUGCCGCCAUCAGUGCAUGUGCGAAAGCAAGCAUGUGGCAGCAUGGGUUAGCCCUUUAUUCCCGGGCGUGCAGCUCAGGUGUGGAAAGAGACGUGGCUCUGACCAGCUCUGUCAUCAAUGCCGCAGGCGAAGGCCACGGCUGGCGCCGCUCUGCGCAACUCCUGAAAGAGCUGCAUUUCCAGAAGCAGACGCUGAAUCUGGUGGCUUACAACUCUGCAAUGGCUACCUUCAGAGAUGCUGGACAAUGGCGGGAAGUGAUUCACCUCUUCCAAGACAUGGAGCGUGAUGGAGUAGAGGUUGACGCUGUGGCUCGUGGCGUCGCAGUGGAUGCUUGUGAAAACGCCGUCGCGGGUCCGCAAGCCCCUGUGUUGUUGACACACUUGCAGUCAGCACAGCUUCGUCGUUUACAGGAAGUGCAAGAGUCACGCAGGUUCUCCAGCGCUCUGUGA